CAAUUAUUCGAUUUACCGAUCCGGAUUAGCGUACUCCCGUAACACUUUUUGCAAUCAGCAAUCACGACCCGUGCUCCAGGCUACAAAACAACUUCUUCUCCCCACCAUUUCCACUUUCUCUCUUUCAUACCACUUUCGACAACACCACUUUAUCAACAACUUCAUCAAAGUUAUCGACCAACGCGUCAUUCCAUCUCCAAACCCCCCUCAACACUCCCCAAAACAACUUCAUCAUGACUGGACGCGGAAAAGGUGGCAAGGGUCUCGGCAAGGGUGGAGCCAAGAGACAUCGCAAGAUUCUUCGUGACAACAUCCAGGGUAUUACCAAGCCUGCUAUCCGUCGUCUCGCUCGUCGUGGUGGUGUCAAGCGUAUCUCAGCCAUGAUCUACGAAGAGACCCGUGGUGUCCUCAAGACCUUCCUCGAGGGUGUCAUUCGUGACGCUGUCACCUACACUGAGCACGCCAAGAGAAAGACUGUCACCUCCCUCGAUGUCGUCUACGCACUCAAGCGCCAAGGCCGUACCCUUUACGGUUUCGGUGGCUAAAAGUCUUCUCUUCACACCCAUCUUCGGUCACUCUCACCUUUCGAUAUCUCAUCUUCGACUACGAUACCGUGGAAUAUCCUUGGGCAUUUGAAACUUUUGAUAGUCUUAUUGCAAGACGGUCUAGCAUGCUGUUUACGGCAGGGUUUCGUUCAUAUUCAUUCAUCUCGGUAUUCAUAUUCGACAUCGACAGGCCUCAAUCUGAUCUCGGCACAUCAUCCUCAGCAUACCUUUUGAUAGUCUUGCGAGACGGUCUAGCAGCUUGUUUACGAGCGGGGUUUCUCUGGAAUCUUGGGUUUGGGUUCUUACUCGCAGGUUGAGCAGGGUGGACUAGGAUGGUUUUCUACUUCAUGGAUGGUGGCAACACGUGUAUUUUGCUUUUCUGGCGUUUGGGAUGAACUUUAUGUUCCGGACGAGGGCGUCUGGACGGAU